UACCCUCGCGUGGGCGCGCAUUACAGUAGCGCGCUCAUACCGUUCUGGCAGUCGCACUGAGUAUAAAUAAAAGCGAGGGAGCGGCAAAGAGCGCACCGGACCCCGGUCGGGUGGAAAUCGAACCGAGCAGUCACCACUCUGCAGGAUGGGCAAUGUCUCAGCCAAAGCCAAACGCUCCAAGAGGGCCUCGUCGGAUUGCCUGAGAGUGCACGUGGAUGAGCUGGAGCGGGAGUUGCGCAACAAGGACAGGGAACUGGCUGCUAAAGAACAGCUGCUCAAAAGUCUCGAGGAGAAGCUGGCCACUCAGGAACAGACACUGGCGCUCCUAGGACAAGGGAUGCGAGAAAAGCAACAGAACGGGGAUCAAACGACUGGCGGCGUCAAGGAAACCCUGGAUAAGAGGAAGGGUGCAAAAGCCGGAGUUUCUGCAGAACCGACGUCCAGAACGUAUGACGGGAGCCUCCUACCAAAGUUCAACUUUGACAAGGCCCGAGUACCCAAAGAUUCCAGUGUGACGAAGCAGCUGGUGGAGGCUUUGAACAAGAACCAGUACCUGAAGUGCCUGGAGCUGCAGCAGCUCAGAGACAUGGUUGAGUGCAUGUACCAACGUAGUUACAAGGAGGGGGAGUACGUCAUACAGCAAGGAGAACCUGGAAACCACCUCUUUGUCCUGGCGGACGGCAAGCUAACAGUGUUUCAAGAGGACAUGCUGCUUUCGUCGAUGGCACCGUGGACGGUGUUUGGCGAGCUGGCUGUCCUCUACAACUGCACACGCACUGCUUCCGUGCGAGCAGCUGUGAGCCCUGUACAUACCUGGGCUUUGGACCGAGAGGCUUUCCAGAACAUCAUGAGGCGAACGGCGGAGACGAGCCAUGACCGCUACCGGAACUUUCUGCGCAGUGUGUCACUUCUGGCUAAUCUGCCUGACGACAAGCUCAGUAAGAUCGUGGACUGUCUGGAGGUGGAAUACUACAAGAAGGGCGACUAUGUGAUCCGUGAGGGUGAGGAGGGCAGCACCUUCUAUAUCAUCGCUCGAGGAAAGGUGAAGGUGACGCAGAGCACAGAGGGGCGCGCGAGCCCUCGGCUCAUCAAUACGCUUCGCACGGGCGAUUACUUCGGAGAGAAGGCCCUCAUAAGCGACGAUGUCCGCUCCGCGAACAUCGUUGCGGACAGCGAUGAUGGAGUGGAAUGCCUGCUCAUCGACAGACAGACCUUCAAUCGGACAGUGGGAACGUUCGCUGAGCUCCACGACUUCCUCCGAGGUUACGUUGCAACACUCGAUCGGGACGAUGCCGAGCGCCGUGCCAAGAAGUCGACGUCUCGCCGCCGUAGCGAAACACCCCCACCCGACGUACUCCGCCUCAAGAACGCAGCUGCCACCUUGUCCCCGUCCAACCCGCUGGAGCGCUUGGAUGUCGUCGCCACGCUGGGCGUCGGUGGAUUCGGCCGAGUUGAACUGGUGAAAGUGAAGGGUGAGGAUGUGACAUUUGCGUUGAAAGUGAUGAAGAAGCAGCAUGUGGUAGCCUACCGGCAGGAGGAGCACGUCCACUCAGAGCGCUGCAUCCUUGCUGAGGCUCGCUCGCCGUUUGUCGUACGACUGUUCCAAACAUUCCGAGAUGACAAAUAUGUCUACAUGCUGCUGGAGGCAUGUCUCGGAGGAGAAGUCUGGAGUCUUCUGCGAGACCGGGGGAGAUUUGACGAGGCCACCGCCAAGUUCUGCGUGUCCUGCGUCACCGAGGCUUUGGAGUACCUGCACCGCGAAGGAAUCUUAUACCGAGACCUCAAGCCGGAGAACCUCAUGAUGGACUCCGAAGGAUACAUCAAACUGGUGGACUUUGGUUUUGCAAAGAAGUUGCGCGGAGGCCAGAAGACGUGGACUUUCUGCGGAACCCCUGAGUACGUGGCACCGGAGAUCAUCCUCAACAAGGGUCAUAAUUUCAGUGUGGAUUUCUGGUCUUUGGGUAUACUGUUGUUCGAGCUUCUGACUGGCAGUCCUCCUUUCGCAGGAAGCGACCAGAUGGCCACGUACACAAGUGUCUUGAAAGGUUUGGACAAGAUGGAGUUCCCCAGGAGCAUCAGCAAGAGGCCCGAAGACCUCAUACGCAAGUUGUGCAGGGAGAAUCCGUCUGAGCGACUCGGAAACUUGAAAGGCGGAAUCGGCGACAUCAAGAAGCACAGGUGGUUCAGUGGCUUCAACUGGGCGGGGCUAAAGGCUCGCACGCUGGCAUCUCCCAUCAAGAGACAUGUGUCGGGUCCUCUGGACCACAGUCAUUUUGACGUUUAUCCUCCCGAUGACAAGAUUCCUCCAGAUGAGCACUCAGGAUGGGACGCUGAUUUCUGAGCGACGAAAUGCUUGUCGUCGUCAUGCUCGUAAAAGCAACAACAACAACAACAACAACAAAAAGAAACUAUGGGGAAUUGUGUUGCCUUCAUUUACUGUAUGCUUUUCUGGUGAAAUCGUAAAACAAGUUUUGUAAAUAUCACUGUACAUUUGAUAAAAAUGUUUUUAUGUGGUUUCAUGACAUACAGUUAAUAUGAUAAAAACUUAAUAAAAACUCAAUGACACUGUUGUACCAUUGAACUUAUUUAAGGCCCAUUUGAAACAUAAAAAGUAAUCUGUGGCUGGCUAUGAAUACAUUGACAAGUAUGAUUUGAGUUAGAGGCUCUCACUCAAGAGAGAGUGUUGAUAUGGUAUGUGGUAUUUGAACUGUAUCAAUAUUGAUCCUAUUUAUUUAUACGACCAAAAUGAUUAGAAUCAAUCUGUAUGAAUUUAUUGCCUAACUUUGGGAUGUAACCUCUAACAAUUUUGUAUGUGUGUUGAUCAUAAUAAUUUUUAUCUGUUUUACAAGCAUUUUAUUUGUUACUGCAUUCCCUGUAAUCUGUAACAAGAUGUCUUUUUUUUUAUUUAUUUCCAUUUGACUCAAACAGCAUUACGUUUGCAAAUGAGUAUUAGAAGUUUUUUUGCAGGUAAGCUAGGUAACCCACCUAGGCAACAUAAACCACUUUUAGGUCACAACCUACAAGUUGACCCCAAUUUAGCCAACUUUUACAAUUGUCCGAUAUGCAUGUGUGAUACAUCAUUGGAAAGCUUAAAACUGUUUUGAACAGGACGGCAUUAAAAAAAAAAAAAAAUCAACAGCAAAACCCUAUCUGGA